AUGACUCUCCAGGGCAAAGUAUUACUCGUGACGCGGUUGCAGGACACAGCUUCUGCGAUACAGCAGCUUAAGCAAUUACACCCGCAGAUUCUAGACGUGACGGUUCUCACCGUGACCAAGGGAUCAGAUCUGGCGCAGCCUCUGACCAACACUGCCACCGACAAGAGCAAUGUGUUUGAUGCCGUCGUGUCUUUUAAUGAGCAAUUGGAUCAGCUCAGUACCGAGCUGGCUGCGAUAUCACCGCUGCUUAUUAUCGGUGGUUCAUUGCAGCUAUUUGUGUCUAGAGCGCAUGACGACAAAAAGGAUGCAAUUGUCAUGGAUUUGAUGAUAGGUGGAUUUGUUGACAUUGCUGACAAGUAUGAGAGUAGCCCUCUUUUUCCGGAGUUCUCGGGUGCUGUCUGCUUUUCAGGGAAGAAACAGACAUUUGACAGUGCUGCAAUCCCCCUUGCGAGGAAAACGAUGGCGACUCAAUUCAUAAAGAAAUGGACCGUUGUGCCGGACGAAACUAGUGGUUACGAGCAGGACGACGACAUAAUUGAUGAAGACACCCUUCUCGACAACACAGACGAAGUCUUGCAGGCAGCCAAGGUAGAUUGUAACGAGGUUACUGGUGGAAAGAAGCGUGCGUGCAAAAACUGCACUUGCGGGCUUAAGGAUAAGGAAGACAAGCCAGUGAUGUCAGAGAAGGAGUUAAAUACACUGGUGUCUGGAUGCGGAAAUUGCUACAAAGGAGACGCAUUUCGCUGCGGUAGCUGUCCAUUUUUGGGCAAACCUGCUUUCAAACCUGGCAUGGAAAAGGUUCUGCUUAAUUUGGACAACUCCGAUGAUAUCUAA